AUGCUGACUUUCCUCGCCAUCUUGCUGGUACUGUGGGCGCUGCCGCCCGGGAACGAUGGUAAUGCCGACCCGGCUCGUCAGUUUUUCAAACUGUUCCAGAAGUGCGAUGAGUUGAAGAAUUUCUUGCCGAAGAACACUGCAAAAGCUGAAAUUCGGUUUCCUGUCGCCGAUUAUACAACAGCUGGGGUUUCUUAUACGAUUUACAAAAGGCUUCUUGACUUGCGCGAAAACGAAACUGGAAACGAGGCGUAAGUGGAGAACGCACUUUCUAGGCGACAAGUUUUUUCACAAAAUUUUUUUUCCGGGUGAGGACUUGCUGAUUUUUAAAAUUUUUCUCGUUGUGAAUGAAUGCACUGUGCGUAACAUUCCUUUGGGAGGUACUUUAAGAGAGACACUGAUAUGCUUUCCACGUUUACAGGCCAAUGCCCGCAGUAAUUCGUGCAACUUGGAGCCAUAAUAUAAAACGGUUCGGAAUCUACACGCCGUCUGGCCAAGGGUAAGUUGACAAAAGACAUCACUCUUUUUUCAGCAUUGUAUUCAAAUGGAAUGACGCUGAUGACGUGAUACACUUAGGAAACGUCAUUCCCGAGUAUGAAUUGGCGACCGAAGAUUACGUCUACGCCGUGCUUUCAACAGAGGAUGGAGUUAAAAAAUUUGCUCGUUGGAAAGUCGAUUUGAGCGGCGAACUUGAAGUUCUCGGCGACGCCAGCCCUUAUAGUCGUUGCAUCUUUUUUCAAUACGCGUCGGGACCCACGUACUAUUUGACGGGCAAUAAAUGCCUUCAAAUCGAUGAUCUCAAGCAGUUGGUGAGUCGGAGAAAAAAUUUAUUUUUUGAGGGAAACACUUGACUCAUUUAGGAACACUUGACUUAAUGGGUUAUGUCUUUCACCUAAUAUUAGCAUUUUCACAGUGCCUGGACAUGUUUAGUACAAACCGUUCAAGACAUUUUUGGUUUUCAGUCUAAAGGUUACCAAAGCUUCCGCGAAUGCAACACCUCCCAAGGAAUGUUCGCGUUCUCCGAUCUGUACGAAUGGUACAGUCUGGUAGGCCUUGUACAACUUUUAAUGCUCUGAUUUAUCAAUAAAGUUUACAAUUUCCUCUUAUUUUCAGAGUGCGUUCGCAUGGCUAACAAGAGAGUGCGAUGGCCAGAUUUGGAGCAAUUAUGACAACCACGAUUCGGCCAAGGUUCAAUUUAUCCCGGGUAAUCCACCGGUAAGAAAAGGGAAGGGGUUCGAGAGGAAGCGGGUCGCACUAUGCAAAUGAAAUUAUAAUAAGAAAAAGGGCCGAUGCAAAUUGUGAUCGCUGCAAUAUUCAUAACGCAUCAUUCACUGGUGUUUUUUUUCAGGCGGUUCGAAGAAACGAAACAGUGUCCACGACUAGGUGAGAAGAAAAGUCUUGACAUGUGUUUGCAUUGUGGGGGGCGUUUCGCGAUAAACAGUCAGCACGGUGCGACGGAAGGGCGCACUAUGCUAUUUUACGCGCGCAGCAUGAGCUACGUUUCACGGCUGCGCGAAAUAAACGAAAAAUUCUUCCCACACACUUUUUGAGUUUCGUCCAAACUAUGUGUCACAAUUGACAAAAGAAAUAAAAUGACACCCCCAGGCCCAUUUUAACGCCCCUCCCCCUGAAUUUUUGCAAAAUAGUUCUCGGAAUGAAGAUGCAAUUCAAAACUUUCUGUAAACUACAGUGAGAGACCAGAUCCAAUGGCAACAAACGUCUCAUUUUGCAUCCCGGAGGGGAUCAAAAUGUCUCCAAACCCUUCCCUUCUAUAAGCUAAAAAACCCCGGUUUGGAGAUCCCGCCUUGAAGGAAAGGGCGCGCUUUUCAAAGCGGAGUUUUUUUAUUAGGUUGUCCCAUAAAUAAUGUCCCUCUUCGAGAGGGGUCAAGUCAAAGGUCUAUAAAAAACGUAAGCAACAACCAAAUUUCGUAAUAUUCUAGCAUUUUGUAGCCAUGAUUUCAAGCUUUUGUUUAAUAUGUCAUCUGCCAUAUUUCGAUGAAAUUACAGUAAUUUAGCCCCACUUCAAAAUUUCGGAAAAAGGGACGAUUUGUGCCAUCAACUUGUGGGAGCAAAAACAGGGUACGAAGGUUUUAGAAGUUACACCAAAUAUCAACGCCAUGUUCGGCCAGUGUGCUGUGAGUCCGGCCACGGUGAAACGAGCGUUUAAAAAAAUUCGACCUAGCCACAGGAACUCCGAAGGAAAAACACGUCAUGCCAGCUUUGCGAAUUUACCCUGAGGUCAUUGGUCGACGGAAGUCAUGGAAUCCACGUCCGACGCCUUUCCGGCAUUGUGGUGGUAUCAAAAUUAUCGGUGGAUAACAGUGCAAUGUCGAUAAAUUCAAGAAAAAGCUCGACGAAUUCUUCCCAUAUUAUUGGACCAAGGCCCAGAAUGAAUGCUUCGCUUUUUUGCUUUACCGAGCCUAAGGUCCUGCUUUUCUGGAUCGUAUCAUAGCUUGUGACAAAAUGUGAAUCAACUACGACACCUAGGCAAGAUUUUCUCAAAGGUGGUCAUCCGGGGUACCACCACAGCACGUCCCAAAGUCUGAGUUCCUCUAGAAGACGGUGACGGUCAAUUUUUGAUGGCGCAACGUGGGAUUCAUGCAUUACUGCUUCCUGGAACCGGGCCAAACUGUAAACACCACCUCCUACUGUACCUGCAUAGACAGCUUGUUGCACAAUCGGCCUUCCACGGUACGCCACAGAAGUUCGAACAUUUUUAACGGAAACGCGCAACCUCACCUUCUAAAAAUUACCCUCCAGAAGCCGAAUUAACCGAGAUACGAAACUCUUCUUCGUCUGGUAUAUUCGUUGUAGAUAGCCUAUGCAGACUACCACCUGUCCAAGGAUCUACCACGUUUCAUCCGUGGUAGAAAAUUAAUCAAUUAAGACGCCCUUGAAAAGGCCUCCAAAAGUUUCAUCGGCUCCAGAAGCCGGGACUUUUAAACUACUGGGAUAAAAAAAUGCUUGGCACGUUGUAAUCAACGUGUUAAAGCAUAUGGUAAUUAUUUUGAUUAAUUAGAUUGCUGUUAUUACGGUAAAUUUUGUCGCAGAAGUAAAUUUUUCAAAGAGGGACAUUAUUUGUGGGACAACCUAAUAGCUUAGAGAGGGGAAGAGUUUGGAGUCGUUUUGGUCCCUUCCGGGAUGCAAAAUGAGACGUUUUUUGCCAUUGGAUCAGGUCCCUGACUGUAUGUUUUUAGACCACCACAACAACAACGACCACCACCACGACAACGACUACCACUACAACCUCAACUACAGUGACCACUACGGUAUUUUUUUUUGUCUUAUGAGCAUGUACUAGAAAUUACUGCGCAGUCAAGAUUCUUUUGUUUGUCAAAGAAAAAUAUUUUGCUUUUUUGUCACUGCACAGUGCGAUGGAAAAUCUUUUUCCCAUUUUGUGAUUGGCAGGGUGCACAGUGCAGCUUUUGUGAAAACCUUUUGGUUGUGACCCCGUUUGAUAGCAAAUUUUCAGACUACACCAACAACGACAACAACGACCACUACCAUCACGACCAAGUCUACCAGUCCAACGUCUACUACAGUACCUUCUAUUGUAGCGUCUACAACAACUGAUCCCAAUGCUAAGCCAAACGAAAGCAAUAUGUCUUUCGUCACCACAGAGUUGCCUGGGCGGGGCAAAGAGUAGGUUGUGUUAAAGUGGCCCAAAAAUUCUGAGAACUUUGUAUUGUGACUGCUUGAGGCUUGGAAAUUUUUCGACGGGGCUUUAAUAAUUGUUUAUUAUAUUUUCUUCUAUUUUCUUCGAGAUUCAAAUCCCAUGAUUAUUGUAAUUUUUAUUUUAAUUUCAUCCUGGAUGCUGUGGUAUUAUUACCCAUCAGAGCAAAUGAAAUCGGAUUUCUUUUUGUAAAACAGAUUUUUUUUUGAAAAAUUUCGAAUAUAUCCUAGAAAAACUUAAUAGCAAUCUAUGCUAAAGUCCAUCAAGACCCGACAAAUACUCCCUUUUUAGCUCCGCAGGGUUGGUUUUACCAGCCAACCACUCAACUGCCUACAUUUUCACUGGCUCGCUUCUGGGCUUGCUCGCCCUUGUUCUCUUUAUUUUAUGCUCAAUUGCGUUGGUCUUCCUCUACAGAAGAAGAAAGGAGAAGGUAAAGAAAUGGCCCCAUAAUCGCAUUGGAUUUUUUAGAAAGCAAGGAAAAUGAAGAGAAAGUUGAAAGAUCGUUUUACGACGACGGGAACCUCGACAAAUGCGAGCCGUACUAAUGUGACGACAAGGACGGAUACUCGCUCUUCAAUGGGGCCGUCCAAGGUAAAAAGUUGGUGACUGCACUGUGCAACCAGAAAAAUAUUUUUCAUAUUUUUUGCACUGUGCGGCAAAAAUUUUUCUGCACGGUGCAGUUGGGAUUACAAAUAUUUUUUUUUGUGGUUCGCACAGUGCAGGCCGAAGAGUUUACAAAAAAUAUGAAAAAAAAAUUCAAUAUUUUUUUUUCAGAAAGGAAAGAAGAAAACUGAGUCUGUCGAUCAUUCUGUUCCGAUUCAAACCUCAAAGCUUAGUCUCAAGGAAACGGAAAGCCAAGGGUUUCACUAG